GGAAGAAAAUAGAUCCACUGAGGACCCAGCAAGGACCAGUUGAGGACUGGAGAUGUUGGACACCAUCCUCCCUUCCCUACAGGACCUGGGCAGGAAUGUAUUGCCCACACUGCCCUUGCUGAGCCAGGAGGAAGUCUCUACUAUUUGGGAGCAUGUAUCAGAAUUUGUGGAACGACAGCUAUCUGUACACAAGGGGGUUCAGAUUCCAGGACUUGGAACUUUUACUUUCAUGAGACAAAAACUUGAGGUGGGGAACAAGUUUCUUCUGUUUCAGAGGCCCGUAUUUGUCAUGGCGGAGAAGUUAGUACAGCUCCAUGGACUGAAACAGAACAAAGUACACACUCCUGGUGAUAUCCCAGUUGUUCCACUUAAUUUUGCCAUGAUAUCCCUGGAGGGUUCAUUUAACAGGGAUACAGUGGAAGGAUGUGUGAAGGAGACGCUGCUUUUUUUGUCACGAUCCAUUUCCAUAAAAAAAAAUGUGGAGUUUAUAUUCAAAGGAAUCGGAGUUCUCGUGAUCAGAGACAGCAGGGUGAAGAUGAGAUUUUUGAAGGACUUCCUUUUCAAGAUGGAUGGAAGUGGGGCUUUGGCAAAAGCCCUAGCAAAUAGGCCUGGCACAGUGGACUCCGUGUUAUCUAGCACAGAGAACUUCAAGGAGCAGACUAACAAUGUGCUUGCAUUUCCAAGGAUUGAGCUUAAGGAGAUGGAGAACAAACCACCUAUGGAGACCAUUGUAGAAGAAGGUGGGAAGAAUAAACCAAGGAAGUGCAAGUUAAAAGACGGGACAGACAAAGAAGGUGUCAGAGAGAUCUUAUCACCCAAGAAACUUCCAGAUAGAAAAGCUGCCUCCCCUGGCAAAGUGAGAGGCGCCAACUUGCUGAACAAGUUUGAGCAGAGUGGGAGACAGGGGAAGAGUGUGAACCCAGAAAGCUUAACUCCUUCAAGGUGUCUGAAAAAUGGCAAUGAAAUGAAAGCUACAAUUUCUCCAGCUACUACUUGCCAGGAUCACAAUAGGGCAGGACAGGAGAUGUGUUAUGUAUGUUUGCAACGAGCACAACGAAAUUUCCCAUUGUACUACAAUGAGGAGAGGAAGAAGAAAGACAUGGAAGAUGAGCGACUCAUACAACAAUAUCAAAUGUGGAAAGAUCAAGAGACUUUCUUUAAACAUCAGUUGAGAAGUCUGGCUAAUAGAGAACAGAAUCAAAAAAACGCUGCUUAUAAUCUUGGAGUUGCUGAAGCUAUGAGAAUCCACAAGAAUGAGAAACCUGACUUUUAUAAAUCCUUCCUAUUUGAUAAACGGCCACUCAGUCCUGAGAUUAAGGCUUUAAAGCAAGAGGAAUAUCUCCAAAGCCUCCUGAAACAAAUGGAGAGUAGACGGGAAAAGGAACUAAACCAAAGAGAAAACAAAGAGUUGAUGGAACGCCUAGAACAAGUGCAGCUCACAGAGGAACUUGCUGCACAAAGAGCCAAGUAUAUAAAAGAUAAGAUGGAAGAAACAGAGUGUUACAAGAGAGCUUUGAAUGCACAGAUAAAGAACAGAUUCCCCCAGCUGCCCCUAUUUGAGCCAGACUCUUCUGAGCCCAUCUUUGGCAAUAAUGAGGAUGCACUGGUAGGGGAAAGGCGAGAGCGAGAACAGAAUUACAUGAAGCACCAGCUGGAGGCAGCUGCUAGUCGCAAGAGGAAGGCCAUCCUAAACCAACUGGUCGACCAAAAGCGGGAUCUGCAGAUGCUUCAGAAGACACAAAAAGAGCACCGGGCAGACAGAAAUGCUGAGCUGGAGCGAGUGAACAGAAUGAACCAAAGCUUACAGGAGGACUGGGAGCAGAGUGCUAAAAUGAAGAGGCAAAGGGACCUGGAGGAGAAGGCUUUCGAGCGGGCCUCAGACAAGCUCUUCCUCCUGGACCAGUGUGAGCAGUAUCGGCGCUGUAGGCAGUGCCAGCGCAGCACCUCCAACACAGGCCACAGCAACCUGUGGCCCGUGAACAAGCACCUGUGUGGCUCCCGGUUGUUUGUGUAA